UACUGCUGUCAUGCAUCUAACCCCUAAACAUUUACAACCAGAAUAUCGCAAGUUCUCACACUUGUUAGAGAAUCGUUUAUUGCUAUAAUUUCUAGACAUAAAUUGCGAUUGUGACAGUAAUGAGUAAUCCGGAGAGUACUAAUGAGUCGCCCCCGAAUACCUCGACAGAAACUCCCAAAGAACCGGAGAAAAAAGACAAACAAAAGAUUGAUAUUCUCCUGCAACCAACUGGCAAUGCACCCAUAAUGAAGCAGAAGAAGUGGGCUGUGGAACCCAAGAAGACAAUAGGCUGGAUUAUUGAAUUCAUCACCAGAUAUCUCAAACUGGACGAAAACGAGCGAGUAUUCCUAUAUGUAAAUCAAACGUUUGCACCCUCUCCUGAUCAACUUGUGCAGACAUUAUAUGAUUGCUACAGUACAAAUGGUACACUAGUCUUGCAUUAUUGUAAAACACAGGCAUGGGGCUGAACAGGGAAUGAAAGGCGCGAUUAUUUAUUGAAAUGUUUUAAAUCUGUCGAUAUAGCUGUAAGGAAAAUAUGAAUUUGCAUUUACUUUGUAUAUUUUUUAUGAAAAGCGAGAAAUAGAUGAAGAAUUUAGAGUAAUUUUGAGUAUUCAAGUAAAAUUUGACUUUUUACUGCCAAUUUCAUGAGGAAAUCAUACAGAAUUGCUUGAAAAGUUCUUCAAAUUAUUGCUACUUUGUUAUUUUAUAAGCAAAAUAAGUUGUUUUGGUUUUGGCAGUUAUUUCCAGAAUCUCUUGAAAAUAUUACUCAAUUGAGCACUGCAGCUGCUCAAACUACAUUCGAAAUUCUGUUUACUGUGAUUUCCAAUGAAUUUAUUGCGCUCGCAUCAAUAAAUUACGUAUGGCGAUCUUUAUUACUGCGUGCAAAUACAUGCAAAUCAAUUUAUCACAUUUAUACAAUAAUAAAAUUGUAAAAUCACUGCGCUGUAUGCUGCAAGAGGUUCCAAUGUACAAAUGUUUCAAGCGUUUUAAACUAUCGGCUACUUAAAUGACACAAUAAAUGUAAAUUAAACGAC